UAUUUACAAAUGUCUUCACUUGCAGUCGAUAUAUCCACCACUAAUUGCAACAACAUACCAAAUAUUGACCAUGACAAAUACAAGCAAUUCCUGACCAAUCCUAAAUUCCAUAUGGCCGGUUGGAUGUGGGCACAUAUGUGCGUCUAUCGUUUGUUUGAAAUGGCCGAUACACGAUUGUCUACUUGGCAUCCAAAGUCAAAGUCAGAGAUCACCAGUGUGUUGCGUGCGCUCCGAGCAAUCUCCAAUCUGUUGAACGACCACCAUGAUCAUGAAGACCAAGACGUGUGGCCAGAGUUGAUCGCCUUUGAUACCGCCACCAAAGAGCACCUUGAUUUCCUUGACAAACAACAUGCUCAAUGGCAUCAUUUGUCUACUGAGCUAGGAGCACUGAUGACCAACCUCGAGCAGUAUGAUCAUGUGGAUGAAGAGACACGUCCAGCCAUCCAGGCCACAUGUCAGCAACUGUCGGCAAAGUUCAAAGAGACUAGAGAAUGUGUUGUCUUGCACUUCAAUGAUGAAGAGCGUCUGUUGAUGCCAAUCGUGUUGACAAUGUCGAAGAAGGAACAGGAUAAGAUCACCAAAGCUAUCAUGGAGAGAGGCAAGAAGGAAGGAAAGGCAGCUGGCACUGACAAGUUUGUCUUUUGUGCCUUCUACGACACAUCACUACAUUACAAAGUGAUGGGUGAUUCACUCAACAAAGAAGUGCCAUGGUUGGUCCGAAAGAUAGUAUCAAUCUUCCUGAUGAAGAAGGAGUAUCAAUGGUUCAUUGAUGCACUGGAAGUGAAG